UACUACUCCACAAGAAAAGAAUAUGAAAGGAACUACCAUGUGCCAGUACUUACCAAAAUUUAUCAAAUGUACAUUUAUUUAUUUAUUCCACUUGAAACCAAUAAAUGCAAGAAAAUAACCAUUCACUUCCCCAAUAAAAAACUUCAAUCAAAACUCACAUGCAUCUUAUAUAAUAAUACUAACAUCAAUCAAGCCUUCAACAAUGGCGUCCUUAACCAUGGAUUGGAAUGAAACCCUUAUCUUAUCAAUUUCCAUGAUAGGAUUGUUUCUACUCUUCAUCCAAAUCCUCAAAUUCAUCAAAUGGGUUUAUUUCAUGUUCAUAAGAUCACCCAAGAAAUUAACCAAUUAUGGGUCAUGGGCAUUAGUAACUGGCUCAACUGAUGGAAUUGGUAAAUCUCUCUGUUUUGAAUUAGCCUCAAAAGGUCUCAGCUUGAUUUUAGUUGGUAGAAACCCUCAAAAACUCCAAAUUACAUCAAAUGAAAUUAGGGCUAAAUAUGAAAAAAUCAAGAUUAAGAGUAUUAUUAUUGAUUUUGAGAAAAUUAGCGGGGAGGAAAUUGAAGCCAAAAUUAAUAGAGAAAUUGAAGAUAUGGAUGUUGGGAUUUUGAUUAAUAAUGUGGGUUUGGAAAUUGAAGGUACAAGAUAUUUCCAUGAAAUGAAAUUGGAAGGUUUGUGUAGUGUAUUAAAUGUUAAUAUUGGGAAUGUAAAUUGGGUAACUAGAGGUGUUCUUCCUGGUAUGUUGAAGAGGAAGAAAGGGGCUAUUGUUAAUGUCGGUUCUGGAUCUUCUGGUGCUAUUCCUACUUACCCUCUUUUUUCCGUUUAUUGUUCUACAAAAGCAUAUAUCGCUAUGUUCUCGAAAAGCUUGACAUUGGAAUACAAGAAGUUUGGAAUCGAUAUUCAGUGUCAGAUUCCAUUGCUGGUAGCUACAAAAAUGGCAUCCAUAAAAAAAUCAUCAUUCUUUGUUCCGUCACCGGAACAGUACAGCAAAGCGAGUGUAAAAUGGAUGGGUCAUAACAGCAGCUACUGUGUUCCUUACUGGACUCAUGCACUACAAUGGCGUCUAAUGAGCUUGGUUCCGGAUUCUUUGCUCAAUUGGAUUCUUCUUCAAUAUUUCAUUACCAUUCGUACCAAGAGGCUUCAUAAGGAGACCAAAUUCGCCUAGUUUUUAUGCCUAUUUUUAAUCUUUAUGAAUCACUUAUAAUUUGUUCCUUUGAAAUUACUAUUAAUAGUGAUAUUUUCUCUCAUAAUUAUAUUUUAAUAUCAGUAGCAAUCUCACAUUUAUAAGAAGUGCGUUAUUUUAGUGAGAAUUAUUGGGAAAAUGUAUGUUAGCUACCUACAUACUCUCAAUUAAGCAUAUAUUAGAGUGUUUGGAAAAUA